CUUUCCUCGGGGCGCGCGAUGAUUGGCCGGCGCCGCUCACGUGCCCAGUCCCCAGCAGUCAGCCUCCCCCACCGCCCUGCGCGCGGGCUUCGCUGCUCCGAGCGCUUGUUGUUCAGUGCGAGUGUGAGCGAGGAGAGCAAAAAACAUGGCGGGCUUCUUCGUUCGGCGCGGACGCUGAAUUUCUUCGCUUCUUGAAAACUCUUUCCUUUCCCCCCCUUCCUCCUCCUUCUCACAGCUGCUACUCCGGUUGACAGUUAAGGUACAGAGAAGAAAACUUUAUUUGGAAAGUAUUACCUUUGCUGCUGCACAGGAUGCUUUACUGACCAAGAGCUUAUCUGGCUGAAGAUUAAGUUACUGAAUUUGUAUGUAUUUCUGGAGUGUUGGAGCUCUCAGGGGCUGUCUUUUUACAUGUUGGAAGAGCUUGGUCUUUUGUCAUUCGCUGCAGCUGUGGGUAAUCUAAACAAUGACCUCACAAAGCCAUCCAGAUGGAUCCUCCGGCAGAGACCAGUCUGUGGAGUUGUUGACGCCCACCAGAUUGAACCACAUGCCCAGUACUGUUGAUGCAAGCACAGCACUGCCUCCUCCAGUCCAGUCCAGCACACUAAUGGAUCUCCGGCUGGAUCAACAGUUCACAGUGCCACCUGCGGACCCCAAUGUUCGAGAACAGCAACUGCAGCAGGAACUGAUAGCUCUGAAACAGAAACAACAAAUCCAGCGUCAGCUGCUUAUAGCAGAGUUUCAAAGGCAACAUGAGCAGCUCUCCCGGCAACAUGAAGCCCAACUGCAAGAGCACAUCAAGGUACGGGAACACAAUCAACAGCAGGAGUUGCUUGCACUGAAGCACCAGCAAGAAAUCUUGGAACAACAGCGUAAACUGGAACAGCAUCGCCAGGAGCAAGAGAUGGAGAAACAACAUCGAGAACAAAAGCUGUUGCUGCUAAAGAAUAAAGAGAAAGGAAAAGAAAGUGCAGUAGCAAGCACAGAAGUGAAACUGAGACUUCAGGAGUUUGUGCUGAAUAAAAAGAAAGCUGCAGCACACAGGGCAAUAAACCAUUCCCUCCCAAAUGACCCAAGAGUUUGGUACGGAAAAACCCAGCAUGGCUCACUGGACCAGAGUUCUCCACCUCAGAGCAGUGUGUCUGCCUCGUACAAUCACCCAGUUCUAGGAAUGUACGAUCCCAAAGAUGACUUCCCACUCAGAAAAACAGCAUCUGAGCCAAACUUAAAGGUACGAUCCAGGCUAAAGCAGAAAGUGGCAGAGAGAAGGAGUAGCCCUUUACUAAGGAGAAAGGACGGAAGUGCUAUAACCACGCUUAAAAAGAGACCCGUGGAUGUUCCAGACUCGGUAUGUAACAGUGCUCCUGGAUCUGGCCCGAGCUCACCCAACAACAGCUCCAACAACAUCACUACAGAGAAUGGUAUAGCCGGAACUGCUACCAGCAUACCAACUGAGUCUACCUUAGCUCAGAGGCUGGUUACCCGAGAUGGCCUAAUAACACAAAUGCCUCUGUAUACGUCACCAUCUUUGCCCAACAUCACCUUAGGUUUGCCAGCAACAGGUCCCUCCAGCGGAGUCUCAGGUCAAGUUGAUGGUGAAAGGUUGGGUAUGCCAGCUCUCCAGCAAGGGCUCCCAUUGAACACUUCAUUUAUUGCUGGUACUCAUCUGCCACACUACCUAACAACAACAUUGGACAAAGAUGCCAAUACUGGUCAUGCUCCUCUCUUACAACACAUGGUUUUACUGGACCAGUCUACACCACAGAGUCCAUUAGUAACUGACUGGUAUCUUUCAGGAUUGGGAGCAUUGCCCAUUCACCCACAGUCGCUUGUCGGCCCAGACCGAGUUUCACCUUCCAUACACAAGCUUAGGCAGCACCGUCCACUAGGCAGGACACAGUCAGCACCACUGCCACAGAAUGCACAGGCCUUGCAGCAGCUGGUCAUCCAGCAGCAACAUCAGCAGUUCCUGGAGAAGCAUAAACAGCAGUUCCAACAGCAACAGAUCCAUAUCAACAAGCUUAUCCCAAAGCCCAACGAACAGGCCAGGCAGCAUGAAAGUCAUCCAGAAGAAACCGAGGAGGAACUCCGAGAGCACCAGGCGAUGCCUGAUGAGCCAUACUCAGAGCGGAGCCCCAACCAAAGCGAAUGUGUAUCCCUGAAGAAGAUGGUGCAGGUGAAACAGGAACCCAUUGAGAGCGAUGAAGAUGAUGAAGAGCAGCGAGAGCUGGAGCAACGAAAAAGGCAUGCAGAGCAACAACAGGAACUUCUUUUCAGACAGCAAGCCCUUCUGCUGGAACAACAGCGCAUUCAUCAGCUUCGCAAUUACCAGGCAUCGAUGGAGGCAGCAGGGAUCCCAAUCUCCUAUGCUGGCCACCGCCCCCUCUCCCGGGCACAGUCCUCACCUGCUACUGCUACUUUCCCUAUUACCGUUCAGGAACCUCCCAGUAAACCCCAAUUCACUACAGGACUUGUGUACGAUACGCUGAUGCUGAAACACCAGUGCACCUGCGGCAACACAAAUCGGCACCCAGAGCAUGCCGGGAGGAUCCAGAGCAUCUGGUCCCGACUCCAAGAGACAGGGUUGCGGAGCAAAUGUGAGUGUAUCCGAGGAAGGAAAGCAUCGCUUGAAGAACUGCAGACAAUUCACUCGGAGCAGCACACAUUACUGUAUGGCACAAAUCCACUGAACCGGCAGAAGCUUGACAGUUCGGUCACCCCGAUGUUUGUUAUGCUCCCGUGCGGUGGGCUCGGAGUGGACAGUGACACAAUUUGGAAUGAGAUCCACUCAUCUAGUGCUGCCCGUUUGGCUGUGGGCUGUGUGAUCGAGCUUGUGUUUAAAGUGGCCUCCAAGGAAUUAAAGAAUGGGUUUGCAGUUGUCCGACCUCCUGGACACCAUGCAGAGGAAAGCACGCCGAUGGGAUUCUGCUACUUCAAUUCUCUGGCCAUUGCAACCAAACUACUCCAGCACAGAUUGAAUGUCAGCAAGAUCCUUAUAGUGGACUGGGAUGUGCAUCAUGGUAAUGGUACCCAGCAGGCUUUCUACAGCGACCCCAAUGUACUGUACAUUUCACUUCAUCGCUAUGACGACGGGAACUUCUUCCCAGGCAGUGGUGCCCCAGACGAGGUUGGGACUGGUCCUGGUGUAGGAUUUAACGUUAAUAUGGCUUGGACUGGAGGCCUGGAUCCACCAAUGAGCGAUGCUGAGUACUUGACUGCAUUUAGGACGGUGGUGAUGCCCAUUGCCAAUGAAUUUGCUCCGGAAAUGGUAUUGGUGUCCUCUGGAUUUGAUGCAGUGGAAGGACAUCCUGCUCCCCUUGGAGGUUAUAAAGUUUCUGCUAAAUGUUUUGGCUAUCUCACCAAACAGCUGAUGGGCCUGGCUGGAGGCCGUGUCGUGCUAGCCCUGGAAGGGGGCCACGAUCUGACUGCCAUUUGUGAUGCCUCAGAAGCAUGUGUUUCUGCUUUACUUGGAAAUGAGCUUGAGCCUUUCACACAAGAAGUUCUGCAACAGAGACCGAACCCUAACGCUGUCCACUCCAUUGAGAAUGUAAUCGAGAUACAAAGUAAGUACUGGAGGUCACUGGAACGCUUCUCUUCCACAGUGGGCUACUCGCUGAUAGAGGCCCAGAAAUGUGAUAAUGAGGAAGCUGAGACUGUGACAGCUAUGGCUUCACUGUCGAUGGAAGUCAAACAAGGAGCUGGUGCUGUGAAGAGGCCAGAUGAUGAGCCCAUGGAGGAAGAGCCACCUAUGUAGCUGCCAGCUGCACUUCUCCCUUUUGCACACAAUCUCUUUGUUUCUCUAACUCUGCCAAGACUUCAAUCUGCAUCUCCUGUGUCCUGUUGUGGUGUUCUUCCAGAAUCCAAGGACAACUGGGCAAAAAUGCUGGGAAUAGUUUUUAAAAGAGAAUUUUUAACCUCUCUGUCCAUUCCUGAAACAGGCUUUGGGGGACAGCCAGCAUUAACUUUGGCAGAGUCACCUUGGUGGUGUAAUCUCAAAGCCACUGCUCUGAGUUGAUCUUAGUCCUCCUGUCUCGGGAGUUGACCACUGUUUCUAAUGUUCUUAUCCUUUAGUGAAGGAUUUCAUGCCAUCUACAAAGUCUAGAUGAGUUGAUUGUAGUCUCAUCAAAAUCAAGUGACAUUGCAGUAAUUGUUCAGAGAACAUAUACAGUGUUGAAAGACUAUCACAGAAUGGAAGAGAACUGAUGGGGUAUUUCUUAAGAAGUCCUGUGAAGAUAUGAGUGUUUGUGCCUUUUAUCAUCAGACGGAUUGCUGAUUUUCGAAUUGAGGAACAAUGCCUUAAAAGUGUAGAAUUGAUUCCUCCACUGUUGGUAUGUGGAAUACUGGUGGGGAAAGACCUCAACUUCCUGGCAUGCGUACCGAAGCAAAUCCGAUCACUGAUUGGAUUUUCAAACUUUGUUGGAGUACCAUUUUUGCUGUUUUUCCAAACAAAACAUAACAUUUUAAGGUAGUUGCCAGUCCAGGGUGGCAUAUACUGUUGGGACUUGAUAGGUUAUCAUGAAACCUGCUUCACUUAUUUCGCUAGGUUUAUCUUACAUUGAGUAGCGUAGGGAAUCAACCAAUAACAAAGCAUGCGUUGGAUUGACUCACAGCAGAUAAACCUGUUUGAAGAUUGGAAUGUUAAUCAAAGCAUGAUAAAGGACUUUUUUUUCCAAACGCAACACUUCUAAUUCUCCUUUGGAAUAGAAACUAAGCAUAGACCGGUAACCUUAUCCAUUAUGUGGCGUGAAUUAUUUUGACAAUGAGAAUAGGUUUGUUAAUAGAGAAUCGUGUACAAAUGUUUUCUUAGCAGUUAAGUUUUGAUAUGACUGGGUGGAUACAUAUGGGGAAGUGAUGGCUUCUGUAGGUGGGGAGGGUCGAUUGGGAUCGGCAUUGUGGAGAUUAGGAGAAGGACCUUCCGAAGAAUAUUUGUAGACAGCAACACAUUUGAGUCACUUGGCAACUACCUUAAUCAUUGCAUUUUUUUUAUUAUUUGUGUUUAUUUUUAUUCCUGGUAAACGAUUUUACAAAGUAAUAUCUACUUUUAUAUUACAAAAGUCCUUACAAAUUUUUAAACCAUGUUUCAUAAGAGCUAAUACAUUGUUUUGGCUGGGAAUUCCAGUUGAUCCUUUUUUUUUCUCCACUGAUAGUUUUGUGAAAUUCGACUUCUGUUCUAUGAAUUUGUCGUGAUUCGUCCUUGGUCUUGAAUUUUAAUUUUCUUUGAUCUGACCUUUUUUCGAUCUGGAAUGUAGCUUUCUGAUGGCUUGUCAAAGUGAACGGAAGGGUUUUUUUUAGGAAGAAGAACUUUGAGUGAGGGAUCUUGUUCAAACUUUGUAUAAUGAUUCCAAUUGGUGUAUAUUACUAUAUGUUCUGUUCUAAGUAGAUUUAUGAAUGAAGUCUUGUAAGAAUAGUUUUGCAAGGUGAUAUCAUACCCAUUUAAAUAUGAGUAAUGCUACAGUGAUACUAUAUUUGAUAUUUGUAACUGGUUGCACUGCAGAAGGCUGCCGUUUGCUAAAAGGGGAGUUAGCAUUAAGAUUUUCAAUUGCUCCCGUCUGAACUAAGAAGGUUGUGAUGAUAUUUCUGUCCAAAGACUGAUUUUCUUUAGGUUUUGGGCUGGGAGCUGUACUUAUCAGUUUGUGACAGGGCAGAAAGGAGUGGCAGGCGAAGAGGUUGGGGGAAGGAGAGUCUUAGUCCUGAGCUCGAUGUUGGUUCCGUUCUGCAGGUGCUUUUGUUGGCCCGAGUGACUAAUGGUCACUGAAGCUUGGCUGUAAAACAGCAUUAACCCUGGACUCCAGUAGAAGACGCACCGUCGUACCAUCUGUUAAUGUACACAAACCCGUUCACUCUGGAAUUUAUGGGACAGCUGACAUGGGGGUCAUUAACUAGUAACGUUUUUCUCUAUGAGUAAAUGGUUUUCAUUCCUCUUUUUGUAAUGGAUGCUUGAAGCUUAAUGAGUUUAGCGCUGUGAGGAGUAUGUGAAGCAUGUGUGCGUGUGUGAGAUGUUUGGCAACACUGAAUAAAGGGCACUACUGUAUUUUUUGUUUUAAAACAAGAUUUACUCAACAUAAGUAUAACCAGCUGUAAUCUUUAAGACAAGUGUUCCACACUUUCUGUAGGAUUAUGUAUGUUUGAUUGCAAAGCAAUUAACACAUCAAUUCUGUGACUUUUAAGAAACUGUUUGCAUCUACUCCUGAUGUUAAACAUUCCUUUGAAUAAGUAGUUAUGUAUUCAUUCCUUUUUUGAUGAGGUGAAUUUGAAACUUGUUAUGAGGGCCCAUUUUGUUUUUCUUUACAGGGGCAUUGAAAACUUUUUUUUAUUGUAUUGUUUUUCAUGAAAUGAAAGAUAGUGAGCUUGCAUGUGCCACCAGCAGACUUGUUAAACAUUUCUUCUGUACAGGUAUGCACCCUGUACACUAUCCGCAGAAAGGUAUUUCCAGGGCAGCUUUCUCGAAUUUUGCUUAUUUUCCCUCUUGGCAUCUGCGGAUUGAGGUUUGACGUUUUCUUUUCUCUCUGUGACAAACACAUUCGUAAACCUCAGAAGGAACCGCUUCUGUCUUAUUGAAUCUCUUUAAACGUUGCUCUUUUAAUACUGUUAUAAAUUGAUUACAAAUUUGACAAGGUUGAUCUAGUACUUGUGUCAUAUCGGUAGAAUAUUGCAUAAUCUACAUAUAAAUUUUGGACUGCACAGCAAAAAAAUUGUAAAACUGUUAAUUGCCUGCAUCUUCUGGGGCCAACCCUUUUGAGAUUGUAGCAAUUUUUUCAGAACUAAGUAUUUAAAACUGUAAACAGUUAACCUUUCAAUGCAGCUGUUUGUUUAUCUCUGGCACCAUAGAUUGUGUAAUCCACUUAACAGUUGUGUGUUGUGAUGGAUGUGGAUCAAUAUUUACACCAUUUCUUGUUACUUUUAUGAGAAGCGGAGUGAUGGCUCGCUGUCAGCUUCACUUUUUCUUUGUUUGAUAUUGACUACAAGGUAUCAAGUUACAGUGCAUCACGUGUGUGCUCCAUAGUGGAGGCGCCUUUGUUUUCUUUACAGUUUGAGGGGACGAUUAAAGUGUGACAAGGGUUUAGAAGUUUAUUCACUCAAAAACUUAUUUCAGGUAUGUAGUUAUGGGCGUUGUUCCAAUAUUUUAGCCUCUUUGUACCUAUCCACACUCAGAAUGACACCACAAUUGGUAUCUGUAACAGUGAACUUUUUUCUGUAUUUUAGCCACAAUUGAUUAUUGUAAGGACAUUCUUUAUUGGUGAUAGCCUUAUUGUGCUAGCUUUUGAUGGUCUUCAUUUGCCUGUUCAAAUGGGUCAGCCUUUCCGGCUGACCGAUGAUGUAUCUCCUUGACAGUACAGACUUCAUUUUUGACUUUAUUAGGAGUCCAGUAUUUUGUACCACAUUAUUGACAACUUGCUACUCCUGUGGUGUAAAUAAAACUAAUUACAACAUCA